GGGAAGGACACUAAUGUAUCUGGUGAUGAUUCUUUAACGUCAAACAUACAGGAACUUAGAAAAAAGGCCGAAGAGCUCAGAAAACAAGAAUACAAAGAGAUUCUCGAUAGCCGCGAAUCCGUAUUGAAGGAAUUGUUCUAUAUGAUAAGUAAAUCUGAUAAAUCUGAUUACAUGACAGAGAUAGACGUUUCCAAAGUCGAUCAAACAAAAUUGCAAGAAUUUUUGCACAAACACCAGCUACCUGAAAAUAUGGAUGCACUGAAAAGCACGCAACCCAUUUUCAAAACUGCUAGUCAAAGUGACACAUUUUUAACAAACAAAUCCCAAGUAUCACAAACAUAUCAACCGAAUAAUCAACCGAAUAUUCAGUCACAAAACCAAAACGACCAAACAACGCAAGUGAGGAAACAAAAACGAGUUCCACUACCUCCCGUUGAACGUAUGAUAACUCGCGCUGCCAGUGGUGCGAUUAAUCCAAAAAGUGUCGACGAAAUUCUAAAAGACGCGGAGAGACACUCUUCCAUUGGCUCCUCCGUUACUUCAACUUCGCCAACGACUGCAACUAUCUUUAAACUUCCCACCACCAAACUUACUAUUCCACAAAAGAAACAAGCGCCCCAGCGAGUUUCUACUGUUUUGCCUAGGAACGGGGAAGCGAGACCAAUGGUUGCUGCAUCGAUGGGUCGAGGAUUGGAACAUAAUCAAGCUCGAUCAUUUGAUCGAGAAACGCUUAUCUCAAAUUAUAGUAAUCAACCACUAUACAAAUUACUUCAGAGUCCAAAGAAAGCCUUAAUAACUGAAAAUUGGACGGUUGCACGUGAAGAAAUUGAAAAUAUUAGAGUGUUAGAACGCAUUGAUCAAUUAAAACAUAAUGGAAUGUGGAGUUUUCAGCAAAUUGAGUCAUUUAGAGAUCCACCGAGAAAUUACACUCACUGGGAUUAUUUACUUGAUGAAAUGUCGUGGAUGCAGAAAGACUUUAAAAAAGAACGAAAGUGGAAAAUUGCUGCAGCAUUCCAUGUGAGUCGUUGGGUGAAGGCGUGGUUUCAAGCUGAAAAUAAAGCGGAUGUAUGCGUUAAUAGUCGAAUACCUGGUAGAAAUACACCCACACAUCAAAUUAAUAUACAUGAAAGUCAAGAGGAAGCAUAUUCGAGCACCACGUCUGAUGGUGAAAUAACUAAUAUAAAACCCGAGCCUGAUGACGGAGUACAAGAUUUGAAUGAUCUUCCAGUAAAUCAAUCAAUGCUGUCUGAUGAAGUAAUGAUUGAUGUCGAGUCGGUCGAUGAUGACACAUCAACAAGGCCUGAUGCCAACCAAGCUAAUAUAAAAAGCAAUGAUUCUAUAAUAAUGCCACCCCCUAUAUCGCCUAGCGUUUUACUGACUUUGCGGCAAAGAGUUAUCAAUUUACCAGCAGAUGCAUUUUUAUGUUGUUUAGAUGGACCAGAUGGUCAAGUCUAUGAUGUGGAUUCAAUAUUUCCAGAUCUACCCCCAUAUGAACCACGGCCUUCUGAUAAAGAUGUUUACUACGAUAACAUUCAUUGUAACCGCAUUAUACCAAUUUCGAAACACAUGCACCGUCGGCCAAAGAGUGAGAAAGCUGCAAGAAAAAGAGCUAUUAAAAAAAUGAGAAUAGAGAAUGAUUGUGCAGACGUUGUUGACAAGGCGACUAGUUCAAUGUUGUUGUUUGCACCACGACAACCUUAUGAGCAGCAGCCUAAAAUUCAUGUCAAAGCACCACGACCUGAUCAAGAACCAUCUUACGCAUGGUAUCCAGAAGAUGAUGAAUUGUUAAUGUCUUUAGCGAAGCAGUACCAAUACAAUUGGGACUUGAUUGCUGAUACAUGGAAUUCCCUUCGUGGUAUUCUUACUGGUUAUCCAAGGACUCCUUGGGCUUGCUUUAAUCGUUGGACGCAAAAAGAUGAUAUGUCUCAGUUUGAUUGUCAAGAAUGGACUGAGGAAUCUAAUAGUAUAUUAACUCCUGAUGGCAAUGAUGAAACUUCUUCAUCGAUAGCUGGUCUUUCCACAAUACCCAGUAGGCCAAAAAGAGAUAUACCGAAAAAAAUACCAAGACAGGAAAUUAUGAAGCAGCGUCGAAAUUCUAAUUUGAUGGAAGCUAUGAGGAAGUCAGCAAAGAAACGACAGGAUGCGGCUAUGAAACAAGGACAAAUUAAGAAAACUAUAGAUCAGUCUAUUCCAUUCGGGAAUAAAGUUCUGUCUCCAAUCGAAUUAAGUAGAAUAAAAUCAGAGCACGAACGUCAAGCACAAGCAGCUUUACUAGAACAACGACAAGCUGCAGCACUUGCAUAUCAAGCACAUGUACGGCCUAUGAUAAUGCGACCACAGGCUCCUGCUGGGAUGCCUUAUAAUAGGCCACACGUUCCUGCAAAUCAUAUUCAAGCUUUGGUUAUGCAUCAACAACGCGCUGCCAUGGCGCAACAACGUAUGCCUACUCAACCGAUAACACAGGCCGCUGCUAUGGUUCAAGCGCAAUCGAUUCAUGUGCAACAUUAUUACAAUCAGCACCUUCGGGCUCAACAAGUUCAAGCACAUCGCGCUGCACAAGCCAUGUUGCAGCAAAGUACUCAUACACCAGGGCUCCCAAGCCAGUCUCUUCCAUCACAACAACUCGGACAACAGUCUCCAUCCCAACCACCGCAACAACCGGCACCUCAAUCGCAAGUUACGCAGCCAUCACAACAAGCUACACAACAGUAA